AUGUCGUUUUAUAACAAUCAAGGUUCCUUCAAUGGAGGCUUUUACCAACCUUCGAGCCAAUUCUCAUUCCCUCAGGGUUCUAUGUCGUUCCAAAACAAUACGACCCACACAGGAGCUGGGAAUGACACUAUGGGAGUCUCACCCGAUCCUCUACCCACUGGAAUAAUCAAUGCUCUAUCGACGAAAGGGUACCCACAUGAACCUCCUCUUUUGGAAGAGAUAGGAAUCAAUUUCGAUCAUAUUAUUACCAAGACAAAGAUCGCGUUCAAUCCUGUAAAUAGUAAGAGCGCCCUCUCAGAGGAGAUUCUUCAUGACUCCGACUUGGCUGGUCCAUUGAUUUUCUUCUUACUAUUCGGUCUUUUCCUUCUACUCGCUGGUAAAGUUCAUUUUGGUUACAUCUACGGAGUGGCCCUGUUCGGAACAGUCUCGCUACAUGAGCUGUCUAAAUUUAUGGGAAAUAACGAGUCAUCAUCACCAGCUAAGCUACGUUUCUUCAAUACUGCAUCCAUUCUCGGUUAUUGUUUCCUACCCCUAUGCUUUCUAUCACUAAUUGGAGUGUUUAUUUCUCUGGAGACCAAAAUAGGGUACUUCCUGGGCGCUUUAUUUGUGGCUUGGAGUACUCUCUCAUCUUCUGCAUUCCUAGACUCGUUGCUGCAAUUGCAUGGGGCAAGAGCGCUUAUCGCAUAUCCACUCAUGAUUUAUUACAGUGUCUUUGCCCUUAUGGCGAUCUUCGUUUAA